GCGCCUCGGAUUUGGGUUUAAGUGAAUACCUAGGAUAUGUUUUGAACUUGGCUAGUUAAUGGAUUUAGAACUGUGGUGAGACGAGUGAUGGGGUUAUGCAAGGGACGAUUCUGAUUUGUGUUGCUUGAAUUUUCUGAUCCGCUUUGAUGAGAUAGUAAUUCAGUUAGUUCCUGUUAUCUGCCGUUGGUGAGCAUUUUUGAAGUUAAUCUUGCUCACUAUGCUCUUAAGACCUUGUUUGGAACUUGGUCCCUUGUGAUAGUAUGCUUGAUUUUGGUUGUGGAAGGAUGUAUAAGGCCUUCCACAUUAGGUCUAUUUGUUUGACUAUUCAUCUGGGCAUUCAUACUUGAAUGCAAACAUGGACAUACAUGAGCAUAUACAUGCAUACAUGCAUGCACACAUGGGCAUUCAUGCAUGCACACAUGGGCAUUCAUGCAUGCACACAUGGGCAUUCAUACAUGCAUGCAUAAAAGCAUUCAUUCAUACAUGCAUAUGCAUGCAUUCAUCCGUUCAUGAUUCUGUAUAUCCGAGUGAUGUUUAUCUGUCUCGGAUAGGGUUUCAUCUUUUAGUUGGACUCCUCAUUGGAUUCCCUGCCCUGUUGUGUUUGAUGAGUGCCGGACCUUGAUUUGAGUUAAGGGCACCACAUAAUCACGCUGAUAAUUCUCGAGUUUAGUUACUUGUGUUGAGGCGUGAAGUUAUCUCCCACUUCCCAAAUGACCAUUGGGGAAGGUGGAGAUUGAGAUUGUUGUUGGCUUGUUAGGGUAGUGAUGAGUACCGAGUCCCGGUAAAGUGAAUUUCACUAUCGUACCUUCGUAAUUGUUAGCCGUGUAUUGUGAGACUGAUUUCCUUGUUCUUGUUGUGUUUGAUAUCAGAGUGGCGCAGCAGAAGCGUAGUAGGUCAUGUUCUGACCAUAGAAAAUCGAUGGGCAUUUGUUUUGUCUUAGAUUGUGUGAAGCCAUUCACCAAUCGAAAUGAUCCUAGAUUUGAGUUUUGGGGACAAAACUCCUUUUUAGGAGGGGUGGAUGUAAUAUCCCAAAAUUUUGGGGAUAUUUUAGCAUUAAAUAAGGGACUUAUUUGAGG